GUGAUAUCAACCGUUCUGCGCUGCCUGGAUACAAACCGGAGACUCUCCAACGCGUUCUCCCCGCUACACGGGCGCUAUGACCGGAGUUCGUGACUGUGCUGCAGCGAACCGUCCCGCUUGAGGUCCGGGGAAGAUGCCUCUGGCUCCUGCGAACCAGGCCCAGCUGAUCCGGUCCAGUCAGAAGGAUGAAUUCUACCGGAGCCUCCUGAGGAACAGCGCUAAUGAAGCCUGCCAGAGCGUCGCAGGAUCCAAACACUGGCUGGACUGGAGGAGGGAGGUGGAGCUGCUGUCAGACUUGGCUUACUACUGUUUAACCACGCUCUCAGGUUUUCAGACUCUGGGCGAGGAGUAUGUGGGGAUCGUCCAGGUGGAUCCCUCCCGUUGGCGGAUCCCGUCCCGGGCCAGGCGCUGCCUCUUCGUCCUCUGUCACGCUUUUGUGCCGUACCUCCUGGAGAAGGUCCUAGUGUGUCUGGAGAACGAGCUGGAAGGCGGGCCGGAGGCGCGGCGGCGCCAGGCGACGUCGGCGGCCUGGAGCCUGGAGCACUGGCUCAGGAUGGCGGCGCAGAGGGCGGUGGGGCUGCUGACGGAGCGGCAGAGGAAGGCCUGCCAACCGGCCGUGUUUGUGGUGCAGCAGAGCGUAGCCCUGCUGCACCGGCUCCAUGUCGCUCUGUUCUACAUCAGCAGCUCCUUCUACCACAUGUCCAAGAGAGCAGCUGGAAUCAGCUACCUGUGUGUGACGACGCCGAACGCUGAUGACUCGUCCAUUAGGAGAAGCUACCGGCUGCUGGGUUGCGUAUCUUUUCUCCAGCUGCUCGUCACUCUGAGUCUGCAGCUCAACAACCUGAGGCAGAGGCAGAGAGCCAGGAAGGAGUGGCAGCUCUACAGGAGCCUCAGUCCUCGGCCCCCAGCGAGCUCCGCCUCCACGCCCCGACCUGCGCGCUGCAUCCUCUGUCUGGAGGCCCGCAGGAACUCCACCUGCACCCCCUGUGGACACCUGUUCUGCUGGGAGUGCAUCGCCGAGUGGUGCAACACUAAGGCCGAGUGUCCUUUGUGCCGGGAGAAGUUCUUGCCUCAUAGGCUGGUGUUUCUAAGGAACUACAGCUAGACGUCCAGCUGGAGCACACAGCUGAACUGAAGCUCAUCCUAAUGUGUGUAUUCAGUUGUCAUGGAGACAGAGCCCUCCAGCCUGCUGAGACUCGUCCGUCUGUCCUGAAGAGAACAGGACAUGUUUGGAUUGUAUCAAUCAGAUGAUGGAAAUGUUGAUAUCUGGGAAUUCCAGCGGUGAUUUAAAUGUUCAACUUCAUCGGAUCAUUUCUUCUGGUGUGUUUUGUUUGGAUAUUAUUUUAUGCGCUCAAUUUAUGCUAUGAGCAUGUGCUUAUAGUCAGCAUUAUGAUUGAGAAAAAAAUACUGAAUGGAUGAUGAAACAAUUGUUUUAGCUUGUUGUAGUUCUAAAGUGGACCCUUUUUGGAUCAGCUCUGCUGGAAGCUCAGGAACUUUAUUCAUGAAAGAUUCUGAUAAAUGUAGUUUUUUCUUUGACCAGCUAAUUAAAAAACAAACUUUUCAAGUUUUAAGGGAAUCAUAAGAGGUUAGUUUGACGGAUUGUUCUUGUGGAAUAUUUUCAGCGUCAUGGUAACAUUAAAGAUGAACUCAGAUCUUAUUGUGUUUUUGUUGUGAAAAAAAUCCAAUAUUUCAAAUUCCUAUUCAACUUUGGAUACUUCAUGAAAAACUCCAUUCUGCAGUAAGUAAUUACAUUUAGAAAAUAAAUUUCCUAAAAGACUUUUUUCUUGUUGAAAAUAUUUUAAUUUGUAAGAGCAAUCCACAUUUUAAAUAAAUGAGCCUUUGUACUGAUGUGACUCUGGUUUAAAUAACAUUUCUACCAUUUUUAUGAAAUUGUUUUGCUUUGAAUUCGCUGAUAGCAAUGAUGCUGACGUUGGCCACAAGUUCACUAAAUAUGACUCUUCCUGAUUGAAUUUUAGACCUUCAGUUAAGUCCACAAUUAUUCAUACCACUAGGAGGCUUGGCAUUAAAGUAAUCUUUUCAUUUUUCCAAACUGCUCAGCAAUUACAACCAGGCCCUGAUUACGGUUUUCACCAAUUUUUGACUUUUUCUUCUUUAGCUGAUCCUUAAAUUUACAUCACAUUAUGUUUUUGAGCAAUCCUAACAGAAACCAACACCUUGGUUGGAUAAAAAAUCUGAGAUUAUGUAAUAUCAAGAUUAUCAGUGUUUAAUGUGUUGGAUAUGAAGGCGAAUAAUAAAUAAAAAGAAAUUCUUUGGGUCAAUAAAUUGGCUCGACUUGCCCGUGAGAGUCAGUGUUUGGUUCUCCAGUCAGAUCCGUAUGACUGCUGUCUGGUGAUGUAAACACACACUGGAGUCGCCAGUAACUUCUGAUCCCAAUCAGAAAGCAUGUGAAUGAAAACAGGAGGCCAGAUUAAGUGCAGAGUA